AUGUUCGAUGAAGAAGAUAAUAUUUUAAAUGGAGAUUUAUUUGAAGAACCAGAUGGCUUUAGACCACCACCACCAGAAUCACAUUUUGCUAAAUAUGAAAGGAAAAUAGAUGGUGCUAAUCCCAAAGAAAUUGAACUAAAAUUGGUGGGAAAAUCUCCUUUAUGGGGUCAUAUGUUAUGGAACGCAGGUAUAUAUACAGCAAACUAUUUAGAUUCACAUAAAGAUUUAAUUGAAGGUAAAAAUGUACUUGAAUUAGGUGCUGCUGCUAGUUUACCAUCAUUAAUCUGUGCAUUGAAUAAUGCAAAUGAAGUUUAUAGUACAGAUUAUCCAGAUCCAGAUUUAAUGAGCCAUAUAACUUACAAUUUUGAAAAAUUGUGUGAGAAGACUAAAAUUAGUCCUUAUAAAGUUAAAGGUUAUAUCUGGGGUAAUGAUGUUUAUGAAAGUUUGGAACUCAAGGAUCCAAAUUAUAAAUUUGAUUUAAUAAUAUUAUCAGAUUUGAUUUUUAAUCAUACUGAACAUCAUAAAUUAUUAAACGCAUGUCAACAAUCAAUAAAUAAAAACGGUGGUAAAUGUUUAGUUGUUUUCAGUCCUCAUAGAGCACAUUUAUUACAUGCAGAUUUGGAGUUUUUUGAAACUGCAAAACAGUAUGGUUUUAAAUCUGAGCAAAUUGAUAUGCAAAAUUGGUCACCUAUGUUUGAAGAAGAUGAUGAAACUAAAGAAAUUAGAAGCAGAGUGUACUCAUAUUUUUUAAUCCCUGAGUAA